AUGGAGAAAGAAGCGUCUACAAACCACCUGGAGGCUAAGACCGCCCAGGUGGAGUUCCUGGAGGAGGCCCGGGCCGCUGCGGAAAGAGAGCGCUCAAUGACUCUCAUGGCAGCAAUCUACCGCUAUCCCAAGGCAGUGGGCUGGUCUAUUCUUCUAUCAACAGCCAUUGUAAUGGAGGGAUAUGAUCUCGUCUUGCUGCCCAACUUCUUUGCGCAUCCUCGGUUUCAACAGCGAUAUGGGACCCUUCAGUCAGACGGCACUUACGCUAUAUCAGCUCCGUGGAGGUCCGGCCUCACCAACGGAGCGAAUGUGGGUGAAAUCAUCGGUCUUCAGUUGUCAGGCAUUGUGCAAGACCGCUUUGGUUACCGCAAGACUAUCCUUGGGGCCUUGACGCUUAUUAUUGGUUAUAUCUUCAUUGUCUUCUUCGCUAUAAAUCUCCCCAUGCUGUUAGCUGGGGAGAUCUUGUGUGGUGUUUGUUGGGGUGUUUUUCAAACGUUGACAACCGCUUAUGCUUCGGAAGUUUGCCCUGUGGCCCUGCGGGCCUAUCUCACCACAUAUGUGAACCUUUGCUGGGUGUUUGGCCAAUUCAUCGCAAGUGGUGUCUUGCGUGGAGUUUUAACACUGGAUUCCGAGUGGGCUUAUCGCAUUCCUUUCGCAAUUCAGUGGUUCUGGCCGGUUCCUUUGAUCAUCGGUUGUUUCUUUGCCCCCGAAUCUCCAUGGUGGAGUGUCCGACGAGGCAAAUUCGAGAAGGCAAAACACGAUUUGCGUCGGCUGACCAGUUCAUUGGAGACCGAUGCGGAUCUGAACCAGACCAUUGCGAUGAUGCGAUACACCAAUGAUCUUGAGCUGGACACCGUGGCUGGAUGUAGUUAUUGGGACUGUUUCAAAGGGGUAAAUCUGCGCCGGACGGAACUUGUCUGCAUCACCUGGUUAAUACAGAACGUCUGCGGGACCACAUUGGGGAAUUAUUCCACCAAUUUCUAUGAGUCAGCUGGUCUCCCUGCUUCUGAUUCCUUUGACUUGACUAUGAUCCAAUAUGCCCUCGGUGCGGUAGGUACCAUUUGUUCUUGGUUUGUUAUGAUCUAUCUUGGCCGCCGUACCAUUUACUUGUAUGGCUUGGUCAUACUCGGUGCUUUACUUUUCGUCAUCGGCUUUUCUUCCCUGGCUCCAGAUCACCCGUCUCGAGAUUGGGGUAUUGGGUCCAUGCUCAUUGUUUUCACUUUCGUUUAUGAUUUGAGUGUCGGGCCAGUAUGUUAUUCCCUGGUGGCAGAGCUAUCGUCCACUCGUUUACGGGCCAAAACCAUUGUACUGGCGCGGAAUGUGUACAAUGUCGGUGGCAUUAUUGUUAAUAUCCUAUCCAACUACCAACUAACGACUACCGCUUGGAACUGGGGAGCCAAGACCGGAUUCUUUUGGGGUGUAAGCUGUGUCUUGUGUGUCAUCUGGGUAUUUUUUCGCCUCCCUGAACCGAAGGGCCGCACCUUCGCCGAGCUAGAUAUCCUUUUCGAGAAGGGAGUUUCGGCUCGUAAAUUCAAGGAGACUACCGUCGAUAUCACCGAAACCUCCGACCGCGAGUCUGGUCAAAAGGAAACUAUAUGA